AUGUUAUCUCAUACCCAGCUUUCGUCUUCCUCCACCUCCCACGCAAAGCUCUGUUCCAAGACAUACAAGAAAGCUUCCCAGCUGUAUCUCACACGGCGUCUCCCAGAAUCGCUUGCAGCAGUUCAACCAUUUAUAUCAAUUUCCAAAUCCUCAGAUGACCAAGAAUCUAAUGGCGAUCAAACCUCGGCCUUAGCGCCGAUCGCUACGGCUCCCAGCACAUGGCGAAUUAAGUUGUGGAAUCUCUACGGCACGCUCCUCAGCGCAAUAGUACAGCUUGGUGUCGAGGAAGGUGCAGCUCAAUUUGGGCAAAAGGAAUGGAAAUCGAUCGCCACGCGCGUGCGAGAAGGCGCAGUCUGGGAGGAGGUGGUGCAAAUUGGCUACCGAGGUCGAGAAGGCUCCGUCGAUGCGGAGGUGGUUUUCAACCUAGCUACACUACUUCUUACUCAUGCAAGCUCCCAAGCACUUAAUCAGCAACGACUCGAGACCUACCUGUCAUCCUACGGGCAACCGCAUCUAGAUCUAGUAGGCCGACUAGAAGAUUCUACCAAUGACUUCCCACAAAAACGGAUAUCUGCAACUAAUGGAGCUGAUACCCCGAAAGAUUUAACUGCCAGAGUACGAAUCAUCGAGCUAUUUACUCUCCAUGUGCUACCUUCAAAUGGAGAAUGGGAAUAUGCCCAGGAGUUCAUCAAUCUCAGCGAGGUGCUAGACGAGGAGCGCAAAGAACUGUUCAUCCAAACACUGGAGCAACUAAAGGAAGAGAAGGAAAGAGGGGAGCUGCGCGCUGCAGAGUUACAACGCAACAAAGAUGCAGAAUUCGAGCGGCAACAGGAUGAGGAACGUCGAAGAGCUGAAGAAGAGGCUGCUAAAGCUGCAGCUCAACAAUCCAACAAUCACAAGCACAAUACUCCCGAGGUAGACUUCGGGAUCGAGAAGGGUAGCCCACGCAGCACAUCCAAGGCCAAGGGAUCUAAAGUACCGGAUAAGUCACUCAGUGGCAAACCUACAGCACGAGCAGCAGUUUCACCAAAGUCCUCCAAGAAGCAAGUCAAAGCUGAGCUUCGGGCCGAUCAACCCCGAGCUAUUGCCUCCCUACGGAAUCUAAUCAAGAAUAUAAUCCAAAGCAUCUCCGCGAACCCAAUUUCUUUAUUACGCGCCUUACUUUUUGUGAUUGGCAUUCUCAUGGCCGUGAGCCGACAGAAUGUACGUGAACGAGUCCGCAGGAUUACGGGUACUGCUUGGCAAAAAAUGAAAGACACCGUGGGGAUGGGAGUGAAAGUAAGCUAUAUAUGA